AUCAGUCACGCCUAGACUCGUUCGAAAAGCGAAACCGACAUCAUUCCAUGGCGAUGUACCAAGACUGAUGCUCUUGUCGUGGACUCCUUGUGUAAAUGGCUAGUUUUACUCAACAAACCGGGAUUUGUACCUCGAUAAAAGUUAUAUUUUAAGAAUGAUGUUGUGAUUUUAGCUUAAAUAGUGUUUUAAGUGGUUUCGUUGUAAAUAUUCGAACAAGUGAUAAAUUGUACAAAUUUGUGAAGUGGUGCAAUAGUGUUAGCUGUUCCUUGACCCGAUUGAGGAUUCUAUAAGGAUUGCCUAUAUACACAUCAGUCACAUACAACAAGAUUUUUGGACAGGCGGUUUCCGCAUUAUGAAAGAGCACUGUACAUGAAUUCGAUCGAGUAGAAAUUAAUUUGAAGCCCGUCCGUUCUUGAUCAGUCAUGGCAAUCCUAUGGGCGGGUGGGUGUCUGCGCGGGAGACGGCGGUAGACCACAUGCGCCCGCGCGAUGUGGCGCGUGCUGCUCGCCCUCGGGGCGGCGUGCGUCGCCGCGCGCGCCUCGCAGGACGUGGUGCGCACCUUCUCCGACAAAAUCGACCCUUCCACCCAGUUCAACCACCUAGUCGUUGAUCGCAACACUGGCAGAGUCUACGUCGGCGCCGUCAACCGGCUGUUCCAGUUGUCCCCGGACUUGGAAGUGGCACAGAGAAUCGACACGGGCCCGGUGAACGAUUCGUCCCAGUGUACGUUCGAUUGCCCGCCUAACUUUGUGAAGAAGCCGACGGACAAUGUUAACAAGGCGCUCGUUAUCGAUUACGCGACGAGUCGUCUCAUCACAUGCGGUUCAGUGCUACAGGGACUGUGUUCUGUUCGUAAUCUAAACAAUAUUUCGCAUGAUGUGCGGGAAGUGCGUGAACCGGUCGUCGCGAACAAUGCAAGUGCUUCCACCGUAGCGUUUAUUGCACCGGGGCCUCCGAACCCACCUAUGACUCAAGUUAUGUACGUCGGAGUUACGUUUACUGGUAAUUCACCGUAUCGAUCGGAGGUACCCACUGUGAGUAGUCGAUCCUUGGAAGAUGAUAGACUUUUUAUGAUAGCACGGACGGCUGUGACUACUGGCACGCGGAUGUUUGUCAAUUCACUAUCUCGUGAGCGUUAUCCUAUCAACUAUGUAUAUGGCUUUAGCUCCGAAGGGUUCAGUUACUUUUUAACGACGCAGUUAAGAGGUGUGGGUUCUGAUACAUAUUAUAGUAAAUUAGUACGUGUUUGCCAUGACGAUGAGAACUAUUAUUCAUACACUGAAAUACCAAUGUCAUGUAUGGGUGAAGGAGGCGGUAACUUUGGAUACAAUCUUGUGCAAGCUGCAUUUGUUGGGAAAGCAGGAUCAGUAUUAGCCGGCGAGUUGGGAAUCACUGCACAACAAGAUGUAUUGUUUGCAGCUUUUAGCCAAAGUGAAUCAAUUAAUACAAACGUUCCAUCGAACUUAUCUGCUUUAUGUGUCUAUACUUUAAAAGCUAUUCGUCGUAAAUUUAUGCAAAAUAUUAAAACCUGCUUUAGUGGUAACGGAUCAAGGGGAUUAGAUUUCAUAUCUCCAUCACAUGCAUGUAUUGGUACGAAACUGCAAUCGAUUAGUGAAGAUUUUUGCGGGUUGGAUGUGAAUACACCGCUGGGUGGUGAACAACCCGUUGAAGCAGUACCUGUUGCCAGGUUUAAGGAACGUUUAACAGCCGUGGCUGCUACAGCGACUGGAGAUUAUACGGUUGUAUUUGCCGGCACCGCAGAAGGUCAUCUCAAAAAGAUCGUCGUUGAAAGCCCAACCUUGGCCUUUGAGUAUGGAGAUAUUGUUGUCGAUGAAAAUUCGCCAGUCAACAAAGAUUUAUUUUUUGACACGCAAUUGAUGCAUUUAUACGUAAUGACUGAACGUAAAGUGGCUAAAGUGAAAGUUCAAGAGUGCAGCAUAUACAAGUCAUGUUUAACCUGUCUUGGAGCAAAGGACCCUUACUGCGGCUGGUGUUCGUUGGAAAAUAAGUGUAGUCUGAGAUCAGACUGUCAACAGGCAGCAGAUGAUCCCUUGUAUUGGAUUUCAUAUCGUAGUGGUCGUUGCACUACCAUUACACAAGUAACACCAAAUCAACUACAACGAACGACGGCGAGAACAUUAGAUUUAGUUAUCGAAAACUUACCUACGCUUAAUGGGCAAUUUUUAUGUGCGUUUACGGCUUUAGAUCGUACACUAAUAACUAACGCUACUCGGAAACCUUAUGGGGUUAAUUGUACUACACCACGAACUGAUACAUUGCCUCCCAUACCGGCAGGGCAACAUCAUUUCACCGCAAAAUUGUCGGUGCGCACAACACAGGGACCUGAUUUUGUAGCAACUAAUUUUACGUUUUUUGAUUGUAAUACGUACAGCUCGUGUACUCAGUGCGUCAGCUCGUCUUUCCCGUGUGACUGGUGCGUAGAUGGCCAUCGCUGCACCCAUGAUACAGCAGAAAAUUGUAGAAACGAUAUACUUGUUACUGGCGUUAGUAGAAUAGGCCCAAGCUAUCGAUCCGGUCCAGGUUUUUGUCCCACGAUAAAUUCAACUUUAGAUGGCAACGAAAUUUUAGUUCCUUCUGGCGUCAAAAAAGCUAUUAAAGUCCGGGUGCAUAUUAUUGGUCAAUUUAUAGUUCAAACUCGGUUCGUAUGUCAAUUUAAUAUUGAAGGUCGCGUUGCUCAUGUUAAUGCUCAAUUACUUGGUGAUACUAUUUAUUGCGAACCGCAUGAGUUUACGUAUACAUCACGCGCUCCUAAUAUAACGGCCUCGUUUGCGGUAAUAUGGGGUAGUUCGAAGCCAUUAGAUAACCCAGAUAAUACUCAUAUACUCAUUUAUAGAUGUAAUGAUAUGGCGGAUAAUUGCGGUAUAUGUUUAGCUUUACCAGAAAAGUUCGGUUGCGGUUGGUGUCAGGGUUCCGAUAAAUGCGAAGUACAAGAACAAUGCGGCGCUCCAAGUGUUUGGCUUAACGGAACACAAACUUGUCCAAAUCCUGAAAUUCAUUCCUUUCGACCACAACUCGGUCCUUGGGACGGCGGUACAAAUAUAACUAUUGAAGGCAUUAAUUUAGGUCGUAAUAUAUCCGAUAUCUAUAAUGGCGUUACAAUAGCUGGUAUAAAAUGUCAACCCAUUAUUGAAUUAUACGUUAAAACAAGGCGAAUUGUAUGUACAGUUGAUGGACCUGGUGAAGAAGUUCCCAGGGACGGUCCCGUAGUUGUUCGCGUUGCAGACUAUCGCGGCGAAUCGAAACAUCACUACGCGUUUGUUAAUCCUAAAAUAAACUCAAUUCAACCAAAAUACGGUCCUCAAUCGGGUGGAACAAAGUUACGUAUUACGGGCGAGUAUCUAAACGCGGGAAGUAAUAUUCAAGCGUUCAUCGACGAACUACCAUGCGCUAUUUUAUCCGUAUCGCACGAGGAAGCCGUCUGUAGAACGAGCCAUUCAUAUCAGCUUAAAAUGGGCACACUACGGAUGCGGUUUGAUAAUGGAAUGCGUACUUUGGAACGAGAAAAGUUUGAAUAUAUAGAGGACCCUGUUGUAGUUUCGGUCGAAUCUGGUCCUCCAUUAGCAUCACAACGAAAACAGCCUAAAGGUAUUCCGUCCGGAGGGAUAAACAUCAAAGUGAUGGGCCGAAAUUUCCAUUCCAUUCAGUUUCCACAGAUAUACGUAUAUCACGACAACCGGCCUUAUAUUGCUCCUUGUCAUAGAGUCGACUUUCAAACGCAUCUCAUUUGCGAAUCUCCUGGCAUCGAAAGCGCUGGGCUUAAUCUAGAUCCCGAUAGACCGCUAGAGUUAGAAUACGGUUUUAAUAUGGACGACGUACAAAGCGUGCAAAAUCUAACAACGAAAACCGGCGACGCGUUCCUCCUUUAUCCCGAUCCAAUUUACGAAAAAUUCGACGAAGACGUAAAGUAUUAUAAAUCAGAGUAUUUGACGAUAAAUGGUCAAAAUUUAGAUAGGGCGUGUACGGAGAGUGACGUUGAAGUUCAUAUCGGGGAAAGCUUGUGCAACGUUACGUCUCUAUCGAGGCAUCAGUUGACGUGCCGCCCGCCGUCGCGCGACGAGUUGCCCGACGGGGAUGAUACCCCCGAGGUCGUAGUGAGGGUCGGCCGGGCUCUUACGUAUAAAAUUGGUAAAUUAUCUUAUUCUUCUCAAGCUGGCCUACAGUCGGCUUUAGGUAAACCAGUAUUAUUCGGUGUUAUAGCUAGUAUUAUAAUACUCAUUUUAGUAUUUGUCGUGUUUCUAGUUAUGUAUAGGCGUAAAUCAACUGAAAAUAUUAGAGUAUUAAAAAAUAUGCAAGAGCAAAUGGAUAUAUUAGAAUUAAGAGUAGCUGCGGAAUGCAAAGAGGCUUUCGCGGAACUGCAGACUGAAAUGACUGAUUUGACGGGAGACAUAACCGGUGGAAUACCUUUUCUCGAUUAUCGUACGUACGCUAUGAAAAUAUUAUUUCCUAAUAUAGACGACCACGCUGUCCUUCAAUGGGAGCGUCCAGAGCUUAUGAGGAAAGAGAAAGGUCUCAGAAUGUUCGGUCAGCUAAUUUUAAAUAAAACAUUCCUUUUAUUGUUUAUUCGUACUUUAGAAAGUAAUAGAUAUUUUUCAAUGCGCGAUCGUGUCAAUGUUGCUUCGCUUAUAAUGGUAACUUUACAAAGUAAGAUGGAGUAUUGUACGGACGUUUUAAAGACCCUAUUAGCCGAGCUUAUAGAAAAAUGCAUGGAGAGCAAAAGUCAUCCCAAGCUAUUAUUAAGGAGAACUGAAAGCGUCGCUGAGAAAAUGUUAAGCGCUUGGUUCACUUUUCUUUUAUACAAAUUCCUUCGCGAGUGCGCCGGCGAACCGCUUUAUCUUUUGUUUAGAUCGAUGAAAGGUCAAGUAGACAAAGGCCCCGUAGAUGUAAUAACCUCUGAGGCACGAUAUUCGCUCAGUGAGGAGAAACUAAUUAGGCAGUCGAUCGAUUUUAAACCGAUGACCGUUAGCGUGUCCAUUUCACAACAGACACUAUUCGUUAGUGGUUUAGAGGCUCCCACGGAAAACGUGCAAGUUAAAGUUCUCGACUGUGAUACGAUUAGCCAAGUGAAGGAGAAGUGUUUAGAUGCUAUUUACCGCGCUACACCGUAUUCGCAAAGGCCGAGUCGUGACGAGUUAGAUUUGGAAUGGCGCACGGGUGCCUGCGGUCGAUUAAUUCUGUAUGACGAAGACAGUACCACUAAAUGCGAAGGUGAAUGGCGUAAACUUAAUACUCUCAACCAUUAUCGCGUACCAGACGGUGCUUGUCUCAGUCUCGUAGCUAAACAGAGUUCCGUGUAUAACUUAUCUAACAUGGAGAAAAACGACAAAUCGCAUACUUACGAAACUUUGAACCGCGGCAAAUACGGCUCCGCUAGUCCCCCGGCUAGUCCUCUGAAGUACGAGCACGGCGGCGGAUUUAAAUACUGGCAUCUCGUGAGACACCACGACGGUGACGCACAUAAGGAGGGAGAGCGUGGAAAUAAAAUGGUUUCAGAAAUAUAUCUUACGCGUCUGCUCGCUACCAAGGGUACGUUGCAAAAGUUUGUCGAUGAUUUAUUCGAAACUAUAUUUAGCACUGCGCAUCGGGGCUCCGCGUUGCCUCUCGCAAUAAAAUACAUGUUCGAUUUCCUAGACGACCAAGCGCUUCAGCAUGCGAUAUCCGAUCCGGAAGUAGUUCACACGUGGAAGAGCAAUUCCCUACCGCUGCGUUUCUGGGUUAAUCUAAUUAAAAAUCCGAAUUUCGUAUUCGACGUUCACAAAUCUAACACGGUCGACUCCUGCCUGUCGGUCAUCGGGCAGACGUUCAUGGACUCUUGUUCCACUUCGGAUCACAUUCUAGGUAAAGAUUCGCCUUCGUCUAAGCUUCUGUACGCUAAAGAUAUACCGGUAUACAAAGAAUGGGUGGAGCGUUACUACGCCGAUAUCAAGCUCAUGCCGGCGAUCUCGGACCAGGACAUGAACGCGAUGCUGGCGGAGGAGUCGCGCCUGCACACGAAAGAGUUCAACACGAACUGCGCGCUGAACGAGCUGUACGCGUACGCGGUGAAGUACAACGAGCAGCUCAUGGUGACGCUCGAGGAGGACGAGUUUUCGCAGAAGCAGCGGCUCGCCUACCGCCUCGAGCAGGUGCACGGCCUCAUGGCGCACGACUAUAACGUGUAACCGCUCCCUCGGGGCCCGAACCCACCGCUCUGUACAUACUGCCCUCGCACAUAUCUAUUGCUGGCGAUUAUUGUAUAUAUUAGAUAGUGUACAGUCUUUAAUAUUGUAAUUUUUGUAUAAUUUCAGCGGUCCGAUGUCGUUUUUUAAUUUUAUAUAAUGAACUUUGUAUUAAUUUUACACGACGAAUCCGACCGGCCGCGGUCGUGCCACAGUAUGCAUCGUAAACUAUAAAAAAAUUGUGUAUGUAUGUCUAUGUGUGCUCGCGUACGAGUUAAUGUUACGUCGAUCGGUGUAAAAUGUGUGUCGCAAAUGAAUUCGCAUGUAAGCUCGCCGGCGAAGCACUCGCCGCCGGGUUAAUUUUUAAAUUUGUACUCGCAGUCUACUUAACGAAAUAACCGAAAGUGAACCGGUGAACGAUUCCAUUAAUAAAUAUCGUCGAAUGUA